AUGGUUCGUAAACAAACAGCUAAAACAAAAAAAGUUGAAGUUGAAGAUCCCAAAACACCAACUACACCAGAAUCUAUAAGUGAUAAUAACGAUAUUUCAACAACAUCAACUUUUACUUCAAUAGAACAAGAAAAUGCAACAAUAUGGUCUUCGUCAUUUUCUUGGAAUAUACAAGCAACUUCCGAACUUGAUGCAGACUCUACAAGCAACAUAUGGGAAGAGGAUCAUAAAAAUUCCGAUCAAUUAUAUAUUACAAAAAUUAAUGAAGUACUAGAUAAUAAAGAUGAUUUUGAAGAAAAUGUUUGGACGGAUGUACAAAUGGUUGCUGGAGAGCCCAAUAAUCAAUCAUUUUUUAGCGUGCCUUUUACGGUUCCCGAUUCGCCAAUUACUUUAAACCCGCAGGUAGAGAGUGACUUAACUACUUCAAAAGCUGUUGAAAUUUCUUAUAAUCAAAAAGAAGUAGAAAAUAAUCAUAAAGGCUCUAAUGAAGUAUCUAAUUCUGAAAACUCUGAUUAUGUUGUAGGAGAAGACAAUUUUCCUUCAAAAGAAUUAUCUGAUGAAUUUGGUAAAUUUACCAAUCCUGAUGUAAAGCUUGAUAAUGAAAUGAUUUUGGAUAAUCAAGAACUAAAUGAUUCAUUUAAUCAAUGUGAAAAUGUGAAAUCGGAGAAAUUGGUUGUAAAUGAGAAGGAAGAUGAUGAUUUUGGUGUUUUUGAAUGUAGUGAAGGAAGUAGUUUUGAUGAGUUUGGUGAAUUUAAGAGUGAAGACACAAAUGAUUUUUAUAAUUAUCAAAGAAACGAACAAUCUAUUUAUGAUGAUUUUGGUGAUGCUGAAAAUGGAGAAAAAAUUGAAAGUGUCAAUGUUAUUAUUACUAAAGAAAAUCAUAAUUCGGAAAUCCAAAAUGAACCACCCUUAGAUUCCUUAGAUUUGGAUCAUAACAUGUCUAUAAAAAAUUCCGUUGCUGGAUGGAUUGCUGUCUUGGAUAAAAUUUAUAAUUUACGGGUAUUAGAUAGUCACAAUAACAAAGUAAAACCCGUAUCCAUAGAAGAUCUUGUAUAUAAUUCACAUGAAAUGAUGAAUGCUAACUUGAAUUGGAGUUCGUUUAUAGAACUUUGGAGUGAUCAAGGAGGGGUUAUUGGAUUUACAUGGUGUGGUUCGCAAAUUCAAAAAUCAUUUUUGGAAUCAAUUAAUUCUUUUUCUAUGAUCAAGACGGCGAAUCGACUUCCAGGCUGUGAUUUAUUUAAUGAUAAACUAACAUUAUCAUCAUCACUCAAUCAAAUUACUCACGAUGACGAUAUACCAACUUCAUUCUCAUCAGCUGAACAAUCUACUCAUGAUAACAAAAAAGAACAGGAGAAGAAUUCAACAGAAAUACCUAAUAAUAAUAACACUGAUAACACACAAGGACAAGAUGCUCCUAUAAAGUCGAAUAAUAUUGAUCAAGGUGUAGAUUUGAAUCGAGAUUCUUGGAUAACUAUGUCAGAUCUUUCAUUUUUGGAAUCAUUAUCUUCUAGACCAUCUAGU